AUGCCAGCUACGCUUAUUACUUGUUUUUUAGAUGAUGACGAAUCCCGAGAUGAUCCCAUUGUGGGAAGAAGUAUCGAUUUGUCAAAUGAUGUUGAAGUUAGUGGAGGUGGUCACCAUGUGCUGGAGAAUGCACGACUCUCGGCACUUCAGAAAGAUCUCGAGAAAGAAAUGAAAGUGAAAGAUGGGCUGGAGAAGUUUAUGUCGUCAAAUACGUCCGCCAGCAAGAGAUACCUCGAAGAUUCCAAAAAUAUGCUUGACGAUAGUAAAGCCAAAAUUGCUUUACUACGAAUGCAAAUAGAGAAAAUCGCUCAUCAGGAGCAUGACGUCAAUUUGAACAGCGAUGGUGAGGACUUACUCGUUGUUUAUAUGCUCAGUCAAUUUACUAAUUUACGUUAA